AUGACGGAUCAACACCACGCGCCGAGCGGCAGCCUAAAUGGCAUCGACACUAAAUCUUUCGGUUUCAUCGGGCUCGGGAUUAUGGGAUGGGGCAUGGCCAAAAAUCUGAGGGCCAAGAUACCGACCGACUCGGUGGUCAAUGUUUGCGAGAUUAACAAACCUCGACUGGAUGAGUUCGUAUCCUCAACGCCCGGCAAGAUCCAGGUCUGCAACAGUCCGCUCGAAGUUGUUCAGAGCAGUGAUGUGAUCAUUACCAUGCUGCCUCUUGGAGAGCACGUUCUUCAAGUCUUUACAAACCCAAAGAAUGGUCUUCUCUCGACGGCUUCUUCUGGGACCAAGACCUUCAUCGAUUGCUCUACCAUUGACGUCAAAACUUCACAGGAAGUGGCCGCCGCGGUGGCAAAGUUUGGCCAUGGAGUAUUUGCCGACGCUCCUGUAUCGGGAGGACAAGGCGGCGCCAACGGAGGCACCCUCACCUUCAUGGUGGGCAGUACCCCAGAGGUCUUUGACACAAUCAAGCCCAUUCUCGAGAAGAUGGGCAAGCCGGAAAACAUCUUCCACUGUGGUGGCUCCGGUGCUGGACUGGCUACGAAGCUCAUCAACAACUACCUCUCCGCCAUCAAUAUGAUUGGAGUCUGCGAGGGUAUGAACAUGGGUCGACUGUACGGACUGGACCCUGUUCUCCUUGCGGGAGUCAUCAACAGCUCCACGGGAAUGUCGCGGAACAGCCGGGAACAGAACCCAGUGAAGGGUGUUUCGUCUGCAGCAUCUUCGGCCACCGACUUUGAGGGUGGCUUCUCUACCGAGCUCUGCCACGGUGUUCUGCAGAUGUCGAUGGAGCUCAGCGAGCAGCUUGGUGCUAAGAGUAUGUUGGCUCCAGUUGUCAGGAGCAUGUACGAUUGUGCUGUUCAAAACGGCAAGUGCCGUGGAAAGGACUUUAGGAGUAUUUACCGGCUCUUUUCAGAGGAUGAAGGACAGGAGUUGCCGGUGCCGAGUUCGACUCGGUUUAAUGGGAAAAAGGAGUGA